CAGGCUGACUUGUAAACAAAACUCAAGGAAGUUUUUUGCUAGUGAUCUUCCUUCACGGUCUCCUUAGUAUUAAACCUGAAAACAGCUAGUUAUCCGUGGAAGUGUAGUCAAUAACGCAUACGCCAGUCGUAUGUCACUGGCUGUGUUUAACUAGCAACUUAUCUAAUUACAUCUAGUUCAUGUCCAUUUAUUUGUUGUUUUGGAUAGCUACGCUAGCUAGUUAGCUGGUUUAACGCAAACCACAAGCAAAAUGUUAAGUUUCUUGGGACUUCGGAAGGACUCAAAGAAAUCACCGUCAGAGAGAGAAAGCGACGGAUUUGUCUUUAUUGGGGAGACUACUGAGGAACAGAGACAAAAAGUUAAGGCUGUUAACACUGUGCAACCCUCCACUAAUGUCAUCGUGCAGCCUUCAAAGUCUUCCCAUGCAGGUCAGAGCAGCCCUGCCGAGACCAUCCAGCCAACCUCAGAGGCCCUGCCCUCCAGAACCACUGCAGAGCCACAGGGAGUGGAGGCAGUCCCAGCUCUGUCUGAGCUUCUCGGAGAUAUCCCUUUCACCUUAGCGCCACAUGUCCUGGCCAUGCAAGCCGGCGUGCCUCUCAUCCCAGAGUUCGUCCUGCCCCGAGACGUCAAUGAAACCCUGGCCAGCUUCUGUUAUGACUUCACUCUGGAGAACUCGGUGCUCCGUGAACCAUGAUCGUUGCCUUAAACGCUCACCUAAAGAGUGAGACGCAAGCAGUUUUCAGUCAGAAGAAUAUAAUGCUUAGCUCCCCAGUGGUUUAAGGUUUCAACUGCUAACAUCGAGGAGUUUUGCUGUGUGUAUUCUCAGCUGUAUGCAAAGAUGUCUUUGAGAUGAAGGAUGUUAGUAUCUUAGUAAGAUUUUGUGGUUUUUUUUUUAAUGGAUAGCUGAAUUUUUUACAUUUAAAUUUGUUAUAUGAUAAAACUAUGUGCAAUAAGGGGAGUGGGAGCAGUUUCAAAUGUAAGCCUUUUAAGAGACAGUGUAAUGUCUCAAGAGCAGUUAAUGUUAUAUACAAACUGCUGUAAAUGUACUGUCAUACCUUACUGUAAAAUGUCAUCCAUGCGCUUGAGCUUGUUGAUAACUCAUUUAUUUCUCUGCAAUUCUUGAUCACACAUAAACAGAAAAGGCCUCUUGCAGAAAUAUUGUGGCAAUAAAUUACCUUGUUCAGCGGUGCAUGUUUUUAACUUUUAUUUGAGGUUGGAGACCAUGAACAUGCCUCAAUAAACAGCACUAAAACACUUGAAAGCACUAGUGCCCAUGCAAAAAAACACCACCUCUUUUUCGCACAGUUUGCCUUGUUAUGUUAUUGGCAUCGCUUGCUGUGUUAUAUCAUGUCUUCCUUCAUGUGUGAAUGUAUUUUGAAUUUCAAGGUGGUUAUUGGAUUUGUUCAAGAGCUUGGCAUCAAGAAUAGAAUGUCUCCCAGAGAGCAAAGGAGCAGGUUUUUUUGUCUUACGAGAAAACACCCAGAUGAAUGUGGCAACAUUUAUUUAGUUGAAUAUGCAAUAGUAUUUCAGUAUAAGUGGCUGGAUUUUAAUAUAGAGCAUGCUGCUAAUUACAAGUUGCACUCUGAAAAUGAAAGACUUCCGCUUGCCUUAGCUACUUCAAUACUUGGUUUGUGGCAACCAUUUCUUAUCCUUAUAUCUGGGAAUUUCCUUUGUGGUGUGACCAUAUUACAACUAUGAAAAUUAUUUUGAAAAACAUCUCCUCUAGAAGUGAAUCCCACUGUUUAAUUUGUAUAUCUCGCUCUUCCCCUAGUCAACAGCUUCAGAAUUAUCUUGAGUUUUCCUCUACAAUUUUCUUUGAUAUUAUAUUUUACUCAUAUAAUAGGACUUUUUAAAAUUUUGUUUAUAUAUCUGUAAUGCACCAUAAAAUCACACGAAUUAGCCUUUUGCUCUCCACAUUACAUUUUUAUGAUGUACACGUGUAUAAAAGUCGGAAUGUGCUUUCAACUGUUCAAUAUUAUUUAUCCUGAGUUAUGAGAAUAUGCCUGUGCUUCUAACCUUUGGACACUAUAGAGUACAAUCUCCCAUGAUUAAUUGAUGUGUGCAUGCUAAACUUAGUAACUGAACCAAAUAAGAUGUCAUCAACCCCAUGACUGUUAACCAAUUUAUUUUGUUGGAUCCAAAAUGUCUCAAUAAAGUCUUUUCUCAGCGUU